UCUCCCUCUAGUUUGCUGGGCAGGAGGCGGAGUUUAAUCUGUUAAAACAUUGGUUUGACUGGCGGAUCGGAGUGGGCAUAUGAAGUGAGUUCUGAGUGUGUCGACUCGAAUGUAAAGAUGCCAGUCUAGAAGGAUAGGAGGGCGGGGACCUAGAGGAAGGAGGCAGUCUGGGCUGGGGAAGUCUUGGGUGGUGGGGGUUAGUGUGGGAGGAAGGGAGACCAGCUGUCUGAACAACACAUAGAGGGGUAAAGAAAGAGAGAGGUGAGAAGGAAAGGGGAACUGAAAGGGAAAGCCAGUGGGAGGAAACUGGGAGAAGGAGGCUGUAAAAAGGAAAACGGAGAGGGGUGAAGUCCAGAGAGAGAGGGAGAGAAGGAACUAGGAGACCAGGGUCACAGAAUGACCCCAGAGCUUGGGGUUUCUGAGAUUCCAGACUGAUUGCUAUUCGGCAGAGUCCCGGCUCCCGUAGCUAGUUGGGCAGCGACAAAGUGAAAUGGACAGCGUGAGACAGAUGUUCCAGCCACCUCUCCACCACCCAGAGAUUUGGAAGCUGCUCUGGGGCCAACUACAGUUUCCUAGCUGGAGUCUUUGAGCGCUCGGGACCCGCGGGAGCCAAGCAAGAGAGAGCGCCGGGAAGCUGCGUCUCCAGAGCAGUAAGAACUUCUUGCUCCAGUUCCUGGAUCCCCUCCCUCUGAAAUUCCCCAGAAGAGGAGGAAGACCCUAGGGGGAGGGGCGAGGGAGAUUCCCUUGCAGCUCUUUCUCCCUCCCUUCCCCCACCCCACCGGGCGUGCAAGCAGGCAUGGAUAUGUUCAGUCUUGGCCAGGGCAACAAUACCACAUCGUCCCAGGAGCCCUUCGGGACAGGCGGCAACGUUAGUGGCAUCUCCGACGUGACCUUCAGCUACCAAGUGAUCACCUCUUUGCUUCUGGGCACGCUCAUUUUCUGCGCGGUGCUCGGUAAUGCCUGCGUGGUGGCUGCCAUCGCCCUGGAGCGCUCCCUCCAGAAUGUGGCCAACUAUCUUAUCGGCUCCUUGGCGGUCACCGACCUCAUGGUGUCAGUGCUGGUCCUGCCCAUGGCUGCACUGUACCAGGUGCUCAACAAGUGGACUCUGGGCCAGGUCACCUGCGACCUGUUUAUCGCCCUGGAUGUGUUGUGCUGCACCUCGUCCAUCCUGCACCUGUGCGCCAUCGCGCUAGACAGGUACUGGGCAAUCACUGACCCUAUAGACUACGUGAACAAGAGGACGCCCCGGCGCGCUGCUGCGCUGAUCUCGCUCACUUGGCUCAUUGGCUUUCUCAUCUCCAUCCCGCCCAUGCUGGGCUGGCGCACCCCGGAAGACCGCUCGGACCCCGAUGCAUGCACCAUCAGCAAGGAUCACGGCUACACCAUCUACUCCACUUUCGGCGCUUUCUAUAUCCCGCUGCUGCUCAUGCUGGUUCUCUAUGGGCGCAUCUUCCGAGCCGCGCGCUUUCGGAUCCGCAAGACUGUGAAGAAGGUAGAAAAGAAGGGAGCAGGCACGCGCCUCAGUACAUCUUCGGCCCCGCCCCCCAAGAAGAGCUUGAACGGACAGCCAGGUAAUGGGGACUGGAGGCGCAGCGCUGAGAGCAGGGCUGUGGGGGCUCCGUGCGCAAAUGGCGCGGUUAGGCAGGGUGAUGACGAUGCCACCUUGGAGGUGAUCGAGGUGCACCGAGUGGGUAACUCCAAAGACCACCUGCCGCUGCCCAGCGAGUCGGGAGCUACCUCCUAUGCCCCCACCUGCCUGGAGAGAAAAAAUGAGCGGAAUGCUGAGGCAAAGCGCAAGAUGGCCCUGGCCCGUGAGAGGAAGACAGUGAAGACGCUGGGCAUCAUUAUGGGCACUUUCAUCCUCUGCUGGCUGCCCUUUUUCAUUGUGGCUCUGGUCUUACCUUUCUGUGAGAGCAGCUGCCACAUGCCUGCCUUGUUGGGUGCCAUAAUCAACUGGCUGGGCUAUUCCAACUCUCUGCUCAACCCAGUUAUUUAUGCUUAUUUCAACAAGGACUUUCAAAAUGCGUUUAAGAAGAUCAUCAAGUGCAAGUUCUGCCGCCGGUGAUGAUGAUGACAAUGAUGAUGAUGAAGAGGAGGCUGGCGUUGAUGGAGAAGGAGGAAGAAGGGGAGGACUGCAGGGGUUACAGGACCCUCCCCAUUCGCUCAGUAUCUCAGCCCUGGGUUUGCUUUUCCUGUGACAUGCAGCUUCUCGGCCCAUGCUUUCAGAUCUUGCUCUCUGUCUAUUCCAUUUCAAGGGACAGUGCUCUUUGCAGAAACCUUAGAAGUCUCCUAGAGUCUGCAAAAAGCUAUUGGCCAAGUCUUCGGCCCUAGGAUCAGUUUUAAUAGUUGCAAUAACCUCCUUCCUCUCCGAAAUUAAACCUCGGUGGUUCAAGGCAGAAAAUCCAAACAGAAAAUAUAAGCUGCAUGGACGUCUGCCAGGAGAACUGCCACCUCUCUGCCCUACUUCUGGAGCUUUGAGAUUCAAGACUUUGCUCUGUCUGCCCCUCCCUCCUGCUUUAGAAACACCUACUUCCCUUUGGGUGUCAACCUUCCCCAUUGAGUCUGGCUCCUAUGCACUCACUUCUGGUCUGAAAAGCAUUUGGGACUACUUUGACCUGUAGGGCCCAGGAAAUCUCUGCCUUGCUCUGUAGCAAAUGCGAGGCCCACUCCCACCCACCGUACCCAGAGCUCACUUUCUGUGUUUUCUUGAACUCAAAAAUCAAGUGGCAACGUGUCUGUUGGAAUGGACUUAUAAAUAUACAAGGCCAGUGGGGAAAAUCCAGGAAAGCUUGUGGAUGGUUUCUCUUCUUGGUGUCAGCUCUCACCAAAGAAACUGACAAUCAGACUAUUUAGAAAGCAGACUCUUAUUUGUAUACUUUGGUGGCCUUUCUGUAAGUUCUAGCAUGGCCAUGUGUCUACUGCAGGAGGCGCCCACUGCUGGCUAGGGAGGAUGAACUGGGGAUGCAGACCAGGGACAGCACACCCCACCUUCCCUUUGGUUUCUGGAGGAGAGUUCCCUAGAGCACCCUGGGUUUGCAGCAUCCAGAUUCCUCUGUCUCACCUCGCUCACAGAGUCCAGGAAAUGGUAGAGAAGCUAGAGUUUGUGCAAGAGAGAGCAGACCUUGCAACAUGUGCCCGAGACCAAGAAACCUCUCAAGAGUGUGGGUGUGGGUCAUGUAGAGAGAGGCAAAGAGCAAAAAGAUUUGUAAGUGCUUCCAACUCUGGGGCCGCGAGUCCUGAGGAACUCUAAAGGGGCAACUUUAACCAUAGGAUGUAACUUUGCUCAAUCCGCCCCUGUUGAUCGAGGAAUCGCUUUGUUUAGCAUAUCCGAAUAAUGUCUAGAUGCAUUCUCCCAGACACCCGGGACGCACACAAAAUUAGCAGAACUCUGGGCUCUCAUUUGAAGGGUUUCAACACUUCACUAUUACCUAGAAUCUUGAUCUCAGAGGAGUGGAGCCCUGAGAGGACAGGUUAGAGGGAGCUCACCAGUCUCGGAAUCUAGAGGAUUAAUUUCUCCCUGGCUCUUGAAACCCCACGGUUCUGUUGCGAAAAUCGGUUUGUGUCUUGGGUCCUUUCAGUUUGUAGUUCAGGUUGUACAGAGUUUUUGUUUGUUUGUUUGUUUGUUUUUGUUGUUGUUUUGCUUAGGCAUUCUCUCCCUGCAGUUAUUUUUGCUGCCCCCUCCUCCACAAGGAAAGUUAUUUUGGUGCAUUUUUUGAAUGUACAUUCCCAGCUACGAGAGUGGGCAUCAAGGGGUUUGUGUUACAUCUGAAUCUCGAAUUUUCUGCUGAAUUAUGAUUUCAUUUUCCAGUAAUUAUACGGAGUUCCCUUCAGUUGUAUCUUUCCCAUGUCUGCACCUGCUGUUUUGAAAACCCGUGUUGCAUAUUUUCGCUGGGGAAGUUGCCGGUUAGAUGUCCCCCUUGUGUUUAUAAAUGGGGAAAAGACGGGAGCCACAUGAAGCCAUGGUUUUGUUUGUCAAACUGAACAAAGCCUCUAUUUGUGUCUUUUGCUCUACUCUAAAGUGGGGAUGAGUAUGGCAUCUAAUUGUAAAAGAGCCAUUUCAGACCUUAACUCUUAAGCCUGCUGGGCAUCUGCAUGUGAGAGGUUCAUGGGAGCUGCAUGGGGACAAUAAAGGAUGCAAGGGGCUUCUCUAGCACAAGUUUGGAAAUUAAAAUUUGCCCUUUUUUUCUCACCAAAAUUAAGCAGAACUCUAUGACAAAAAAUUUUUUCUGUGUGUUUUAUUAUUUUUAGAACAGAUUCUUUCUUUGAAAUAAAUCAACCCCCAAAUUUUAGAUGUUAUACCAGACCAAGACUUUUCACUUCUAGUUUAUUUAUAUUUUUUCCUAUAGGAAUGUUUGGCUCUGAUGGGGUUGGGGUGGCAAUUGCUUCUGCUACCUUGAGAGAGAGAGAGAGACUUUAAAUAAGACUGGGAAGGGGGCACCCAAUUGGAAUAGAAUUUCCAGUUAAUAGUGAAAUAAGUGCAACAUGCUGCAAGGCUCUAAAGAAUCCCAGCUGCUUGUUUUAACAUACUUGUACUAAGGUCAAAUAUUCAUGCAUAACAACUGGCCCUCACUUUUCCUUGUGACAAUAAAGGACUUUAACAAUGGCAAUGCUGUAAUAAAGACCAGUAACCCAUGUA